AUGACAACGACUGCUGGACGCAAUUGGAUAUGUACAAGGAAGAUAAACGCCCACACGUCCGAGCCCGCAUCGGGGGGCUGCAAGGGUGUCCCGGCGCUAAGGGAUGGGAGAGGGGGGUGGGCAGAGUGGAGUGGAGUGGAGUCGCGGAAGGGUGCCACCGGUGGCGCCAAAGAUCUGUCACGCCUAGGAGAGGCCCAAGAUUGGGGGCUCGAGUCUGGCGGGGCAAGGUCUGAGUCAUGUUAUCAGCAGGAUAGGUAUACAGACGAAACAAUUGUCAUUGUGACGAUCCGACCAACAACGACCACAGAGCACCGACUACACGUGUUGACCAUGUGGCAUCCACCAAGCGAUAACUAUGCAUCACGAUCACAGGACACUCCACAGUUCAUUACAGUUAUUGACUUCAAGUCAACAGGGUGGUGGAGCGGCAUCCGGUGUACGGACACCUUUGUGCUCAACCACUCCCUAGCCUCCGCCUUUCCGAACGGCACAGGGCCUGACAGUUAUGUCGACAAUCAGAUUGAAAUUGAGCGAAGUGGAGGUGCAGCCUGCUGGACGCGGGAGGGCAUCAAAUGGGGGGACCAUUUAUUCUGCAUUGGGUCGAGAAACACAAACACUACACAGCAACACGAUGUUCUGUACUCGUACGACUCUGCUCUCUUUCUACCAUCACCAAACGUUCCAAUGGCGACAUCCUCAGCAUCAGCACCAUCCCGUCCAGUCCUGUCACAAAAGCUGCAGACCAUGUUCGAUGAGGCGGUCUGUGAAGACGACGGAUUGCUUUUCCCAGAGUAUAUGUCUUCCUUCCCACGUGCGGAGUGGACCGGUUCAAGCUUGCCUGGGCCCUUCUUUGAACCGACAGGAGAAGAAGAUCGCAAAGUCGUCUAUGCCGCUCGCAAGUGCAGCAAGAAAUGGUCUCAAGCUUUGGACACUGGAGAACUCGGUGAUCUGAGCCUGGGCGACUUUGCGCUCGCCGUGUUCGACAAGGUAGACCAAUUUCAUCUUCGCGCCGACCGUUCAGAUACGGGUCUAGUCUACGUCACGCCCGAGGUAUGGCUGGAGACGAUCAAUCUUCUUAUCGACUACGCUCUCAGCUUGUGCUUUUACAUUUUGGAGGACGCGUUUCCCGACUCGCCGCUCGUCGACGCCUGCGACGACCCCGACACCAUUGUCCCCUUCGUAUACAGCGCCAUGGCCCUGCAGUGGGAAUGGGAUUUCGACAGCUGGGGCGAGGAUCCGCCCAAGGCUGACCCAUACAACACCGCAUUCGUCGACAAAUAUAUUCCCGACCCCGCGAGUCUUCCACCAUGUCCGAGCACCAAGGCGAAUCUCCUGAACCCAGACGCACCGCCCCACAUCAUUUGGAGGCGUUGGGAUGGUGAGGAGGUCCCGUGGCCCAAGGAUGUGGCUAUCCACUUCCGCGGCGACCCCGAGUCUUACACCGAGGCCCAAUGCAACGCCAAGUUUCACAACGCUUGCGACCCUGUGUCAUCGUGCUCCCCGUUGCACUCGUCGCCGUCAAUCACCUCAUCCGUUGGAGAGACCUCGGCGUCUCCAUCCACCGAUCGCCCUCCGCCGCCGGCAAAUACGCCUAUCAAGCCUCGUUAUGAAUUGUGAUCGAUAAACCCGACCUUGACGGAAGGAAUUCUCAACCUUCC